AAAUACGCUCGUGCGAAGAUUGUCAUGCGUAUUUCACUGCCAUGCUUCUUAUUCAAAUUUCGAGGUGACCUUCAUGUGUUAUAACAUUUAUUUUUUAUCUACAUGCCGGAUCGUUUGUCUCAGUCUGCGACACGAAAAUUUAAUGUAGUACUUUCUCUUGUCCUUCUUCACGUCGAUUUAAUUUUUUGGAGCUUGUGGGGUUCUGUAAUCCGAAAUACUUCUACUUUUCUGAAAAAAAAUAGUGCGGAAAAGUAAAUAUAUCAGGGAACAUGUCCAAGGAACGAGCCUCCCGAAGAUUCUACCGGAUAGAAUCCACAUCGAACCUGAUCGCACACCUCGAUAAAGGCCUCACAGCCGAACAAGAGAAUCGCUGGUGUUUCGAGAUAGCAUGGGAGGCAGCAAACAAAGUUGGUGGAAUUUACACGGUCAUCAGAUCCAAAGCUUACGUUUCGGUGGAGGAAAUGGGAGACCAGUACUGCCUGAUAGGACCUUACAAGGAACAUUGCGCUAGAACCGAAGUCGAAGAAGGUCCUUUGGCUUCGGAGCCUUUGAAUAGAGCUGUCGAAGAGUUGAAGAAAAGAGGCUACAAAAUAGUAACAGGACGAUGGCUGGUCGAUGGCAAUCCCCAGAUCAUCCUCAUAGACAUCGGUUCUGCCGCUUGGAAAUUGGACGAGUUCAAGCAGGAGUUGUGGGAGAAGACCAACAUCGGCGUGCCUCAUUUGGACGUCGAAGCCAACGAUUCCAUUAUUUUGGGAUGCGUUGUAGCCGAAUUCUUAGGCGAAUUUAGGAACACUUCGGCCGAGUACACGGAAGGGUACACUCCGAGAAUAGUGGCCCACUUUCACGAAUGGCAAGCCGGCGUCGGUUUGAUAAUGAGCAGAAUAAGACACAUUAACAUCGCCACUGUUUUUACCACUCACGCCACGCUGUUGGGUAGAUACUUGUGCGCCGGUAACACGGAUUUCUACAAUAAUCUCAGUAAAUUCAGCGUGGACGAAGAGGCUGGAAAAAGGCAGAUCUAUCAUCGAUACUGCAUGGAAAGGGCGGCCUCGCAUCUGGCCCAUACGUUCACUACGGUUUCGGAGAUUACUGGAUACGAAUCGGAGCAUCUGUUGAAAAAGAAGCCGGACGUGAUAACCCCGAACGGUCUCAACGUGAAGAAAUUCGCGGCGUUGCACGAAUUCCAAAAUCUCCACGCCAUGGCCAAGGAUAAAAUCCACGAAUUCGUCAGGGGCCACUUCUACGGACACUUCGAUUUCGAUUUGGAUAAAACUUUGUAUUUUUUUAUAGCCGGACGAUACGAAUUUGGUAAUAAAGGGGCGGACAUUUUCAUCGAGGCUUUGGCCAGAUUAAAUCAUUAUUUAAAGAGUACGCAUCCGGAUGUUACGGUCGUGGCGUUUUUGAUCUUUCCAGCCAAAACUAACAAUUUUAACGUCGAAUCUCUCAGAGGUCAUGCCGUAACCAAAUCCCUAAGAGAUACCAUUAAUGAUAUACAAAAUAAAAUCGGCAAGCGCAUGUAUGAAGUAUGUUUAAGCGGUCGUUUACCCGAUAGUUCAGAGUUGUUAGAUAAAGAAGAAAUGGUGAGACUAAAAAGGUGCAUUUACUCUCUUCAAAGAGACGGCCUGCCGCCUGUCACUACUCACAAUAUCGUCGAUGAUUGGAGUGAUCCGGUGCUGAAUUCCGUUAGAAGAUGCAAUUUGUUCAACACCACUCACGACAGAGUCAAAAUCGUGUUUCAUCCAGAAUUCCUUAAUUCAACUAAUCCGUUGUUCGGGCUGGAUUACGAAGAAUUUGUGAGAGGUUGCCAUUUGGGCGUUUUUCCGAGUUACUACGAACCCUGGGGUUACACCCCGGCCGAAUGUACUGUUAUGGGUAUUCCAAGUAUUACGACUAACUUAUCAGGUUUCGGCUGCUUCAUGCAAGAACAAAUCACGGACCCCAUGUCGUACGGUAUCUACAUCGUAGACCGGCGUUUUAUAGGCCUCAACGAUUCGGUUAACCAGCUAGCUCAAUACAUGUACGACUUCGCCAGAUUGUCUCGUAGACAGAGAAUAAUUCAAAGAAACAGAACGGAAAGGCUCAGCGAUCUUUUGGAUUGGAGAAACCUAGGAGUUUAUUACCGCCAGGCGCGUAUGAAGGCGUUGCACAAGGUGUUUCCGGAUUAUAAGGAAGAAAUGGAAUUGGGGAUGUCGUUUAAGUACCCGAGACCCAUCUCAGAGCCCCCAUCGCCCAGUUCUAGUAAAGUUACUACGCCUGCGGCUUCGGUGCAUGGAUCAGACGAUGAAAGCGAUUCCGUCGAUUCUGAAGCAGAGUUGGAAGAACUGAGGAAAUUAAAUAAAUAAUCAAUACAUACUCAUUGAAAUCGGACUUCUAAGACAUUGUUGUGCAAUAGAGUAUUAUUUGUACUUUUCGAUUUACAAAGAAUAUUUUUUUAUUGCAAAUUGUUGAUACCAUGACUUUAUAUUAUAUAUAAAUUUGUUAUUGUUAAAUUUUUCAAAUUAUUUAAAAUUUCUAUCUGGUAUGAAUAAUACUUUGUUAAUCUGCCUUACUGAAAAACUUUCUAUGUGCCAUAAUGUCUGUUUCGUGAAGGUUUACGGCACUUUG